AUGUACCUACAACAAUGCAUACAGAAUGGUUGUUGUGCGCUUCCUAGACAAGUAUGGGCCUUGGACACGCUUCCAGGCACAGGUGAAAAUGACUUUGCAAGUCGAGACCUUCUUGACUUGAUUGAAACGAUAUUAUUUGUCCUCAAGAAAUUCUCAGGACCUAUUCGCUCAAAAGCUGAGCUAAUCAAGGGGUUACAGGAACAUGGUAUUGCGUUCGAUGAAGCACAGUGGCUUACGUCAAACUUGCGGCGCAUAAGCAAAAGUCCAGAACUUUACGAAUGGAAGAUGAAUGCUGAUGUCGUCAAGGAUUUAUUUCAAUCAUUUCUAGCGACAGAUCUUUGGCCUUUCAUUGAGCAUUUAGAUGCAAUAAAGCGCAAUGACGUAGAAAUCCACGUUGUGCAUGCUUCGAACAACAAUAUGUGGACCCCCAAUAUUCUCCAUCGUCUCGACGCGCUGCGGGAAAAGCACGUUUAUCAUCAUUUAUUAGAAAAAUCUGGUCACUGGGUACACAUUGAAAAUCCUGAUGGACUUUUGAAGAUCUUCCAAUCAUACAUGCUCUAG